UAAAAUAUUUUAAUAUACAAAUAGUAGGUGUAAUUUCAUUUCUAUGUGAAAAAUAUCUUGCAUAAUAAAAAUUUAAUUUUAUAUCUUAUAAUUAUUAAUGAUAAAUUAAUUGUGAUUUAAAUAUUUUUAAAAUAAUCAUAAAUAAAUUUUAUAUAAAUAGAAUAAUUAUAGUUUAUUGUUCAUUAAAUAAAUUUAGAAGAAGAAAAUUUUACUUUAAGAAGAAAAGAAAAUUUAUUAUAAUAUUGUGUCUAUAAUUAAAUUGUGUUAAGCAUUCAGAUUAUUAUUAAUGUAGAAAUUUCAAUAUUUAAUUAAUUAUUAUACUUAAAUAAAAGAAAAGAGUUAAGUAAAUAAGUGAAAAGUAAUUUCAAAAAAAUAUUUUUGUUUUCAUUCUACAGCAAAUAAUUUGUCCUCUUGGAAAUUCCAAUGAACUUGUAGGAAUUCUAGUGAAUUGCUUAUCAUUAUUUAAGAAUGUUGACAAAUCACAAAGGGGUGGCAGUGAAAAAAUAUGCCCAUUCUUAUAAAAACUUUAUACUUCUAAAGUGCUUAUAUUACUAAGAAAUAAAAACAAAACAAACAAACAAAUAAAGAAAAAAAAAGUAUAAAAACGCUUCAAAGUGAAAAUAUAAGGAUAAAAGAAGCGAAAAGACUAACCAAUUACAUAAGAGUUUGCAAUUUUUAUUUUGAAAUUUCUUAAUACAAAAAUACACACACAUGGUAAUGAUAAAAUAGUAUGGGUAAACAUGUGUGAAUAAAAAGCUCUCUUCAUUGUAUAUAAUAAAACGUUGAAUGUAUUUGACGGAUGAACUGUAUAAAAAAAUAUUAUAUUUCGGUCUAUAACAGGAUAAAUGAAGAAAAAAAUGUAAAAAAUUCACCAUUUUAUAUACAAUUUAAAUUGCUCUUGUAGUAAUGGUUAAAACGGAUAUUGUAAAAAGUCUUUUUGAGACAUUUCUCAUCCUUGUGAUCCUUUUAAAUGAUAUGACGAAUGGUGGUGUUCAGGGUCCAUUAAAAGGAUAUAAUGCCUUAUUAGAAGAUUCUGAGGAAUUAACAACACCAACGACAACAACGCAAGCUAGUUAUAUGCAUCCAAAAUGGGCUGAACCAUAUUUUGAUUCUAUGACACCAAAAAAUGUUACAGCUUUAGUUGGAAAAGCAGCUUAUUUAAAUUGUAGAGUUAGACAAUUAGGAAAUAAAACCGUAUCUUGGAUACGGCAUAGAGACAUACAUAUUUUAACUGUAGGAAGUUAUACAUAUACAUCAGAUCAACGAUUUCAAGCAACCUAUCAUAAGGAAACAGAAGACUGGACUCUUCAAAUAAAAUGGGCCCAAAAACGUGAUGCUGGAAUGUAUGAGUGCCAAAUAUCAACGCAACCAGUUCGAAGUUAUUUUGUUAGAUUAAAUGUAGUUGUUCCCACUGCAACAAUACUCGGAAGUCCUGAUAUACAUGUUGAUAAAGGUAGCACAAUUAAUCUUACCUGUACAGUUAAAUAUAGUCCAGAACCACCAGCUUAUAUAUUUUGGUAUCAUCAUGAAGAAGUCAUUAAUUAUGAUUCAUCAAGAGGUGGUGUAUCUGUAAUUACAGAGAAAGGAGAUGUUACAACAUCAUUUUUAUUAAUACAAAAUGCAGAUUUAGCUGAUUCUGGCAAAUAUUCAUGUGCACCAUCAAAUGCAGAUGUUGCAAGUGUUAGAGUUCACGUACUAACUGUACGGGCGGUUAUUUCAGGUGAACAUCCUGAGGCGAUGCAAACAGGAUCAUCAGGUUGCCGUUACAGUUGGUUCAAUAUAAUAUUAUUACUUAUUGGUUUAAUAUAUUUUAAUUAUUGUCAUUCAAUAAAUAAUUCAACAAAUUUUAUUUCAUAUACAAACAAUUAUAAAUAUAGAUGAUAAAUAAAUAAAAACAAAAAUAAAAAUAAUAUUUAUUUAAUAUAAAAAAAAAAUAUAAAAUUAAAUAAGAGAACAAAAAAAAAUAUUCCUAAAAUUAUAAAAAAAGAAAAAAAAAGAGAUUAUAAUAAAUAAUAAUUAUUAUAUAAAUAUAAUAACAUUAAAGUACAUUUAAUAAAUUAUACAUUGUAAUUUAUGAUUUAUUAACAAAAAUACAGGCAUCACUCGAAUAGCAUGCGAUAAUCUAAUAGCACGAAUUCAGUCUAAAAAUUAAAUUUUGCUCAAAAUUUAUUUCAGUACUUCAAUACUAGAAAACUAAAAAUAUAUUAAAUCAGGAAAACCGUUUUUUAAUUUAACGCAUUGAUUUGGGAAAAAGGGAAAAUAUUUUAUAAAAAAAAGAUAUAAAAUUUCAGUAUGAGAAACAUGAUACACAACCGUUUCUAAAAUUAGCGUUAUACUAUAAACAUUUUAAAUGCUUAUCGCAGUAAACCUAAUCGCAGUCUGCAUGAAUCAUAAUAUGUACACAUUGGUUUGUGUUUAUGAUAAUAAUUUUUAACUCCAAGCCUUCAUUUACCUAAUAACAAUAAAAUAGGUACCUAUUCUUCAACAUGUUAAGUCCUAUUUUUCAAAAGUUGCAGCCGUAAUGCAUAAUAUUAUUCUUUUUUCAGUCACCACUUUUAAUCUUUACAAAUCAAAUUUCUUAUAUUUUUGAAUUGAAUUGAAAUUUCUCAAUGAAAAAUCUUCGUACAAGAUUUAUAAUUUAAUCUUCGUACAAGGCUGAUAAUUAAAUUUAAUAUUCUUCUUUUUUGGCAUCAUUUAUUCAAAAAAAAAAAUACAAUACGAAAAAUUCUUCCCACUUCAAUAUUUCAUUGCCUAUUUGAACAGUAAAUUUUGUUAUACAUAUAAUCACACGAUAUAUUAGAAAUUUCCGAUUUUAAAUUAAUUAAUUCUCAUAAAUUUAGAAAAUCUAUCGGUUAGGGGUGAUCGCAGUAUUCUAAUUCGUCAGUAGAAUAAAUACAGUUCUAAUGCGGGGGACUGAAAUCACUAAAGAUCUAAUAUAUGGAGCUUCAAAAUGGCCGAAAUUGUCUGAGCGGAGUCAGUGUCCUACGCGAAGAAAAAAAAUUCUUACCAUACUUAAAUUCUUUAAUCCAAUAUUUUUUUGUUUAAUUAUAAGAAAUUUUAACCAUUUAAAGGAAAUUUUAUUUCUAAUGUUAAUCUUGUAAACUCUAAAUCAGCACAGUUCUCAAUUAUCUGCAAUUCAAAUUAAAUGAUGAAUACCUACUAAUAUUAUUGAAUAAAUGAACUGGUGUUAUUCGAGAUAAAACUAUAUUCAUUCACUAAUUAUGCAAAUAUUUUAAUCAUGCAUAUCGUACUGUUAUCUUUAGAAUAUCGCUUGGAAUAAAACACUGUCACAUUUACAAGAAUUAUGUUUCGAGACUAGAAUACGAGUAUUUUGUAUUCAAAUUUUUUAUACACUUUACAAGCUAUAAAAUAAUCUCCAUAGCCUCUAUUAAUUGUUAAAAUUUCUCUAUUAAAAUUUAAAAGUCAGAACAGUAUAUUUUUAUUGGAUUCCGGUACAAGUUUGUUAAAACGAAAGUCUCAAGCAAUUCAAAAUAAAUCAAAGAGUGAAUUUUGUAUUACACAUAAUUAUACCUUGAUCCUCCAAAAUAAAUCAAGUUGUGAUAAUGUUUUUCUAGGGAUGCGAUAUUCAAAUGACAUGGUUAGAAAUUUAUUUAUAUAAAUAAUUAUUAUUAUUGUAUACGCUCAUUCAGCCCCGGAUUUAUCAUACAUGCAAAGUAUGCAUUUGCAAUGGGCGAUAAAAAAUAGGGGCGCCAUUGAAAACUUAAAAAACCCCUAAAUUUAAAAAAAAAAAAUUUCACCCAAAAAAAGGAUUCCAAGUUUUUUUUUAUACAUCAAUUUAUAGCGAAAUUAACUUAAUAAAAUCUACCUACAUGCAAACAUAAUAUUUUGUUCCUACACAUAUUUUCUAUUUGCACCAUAUAACAAAAAAUGUUCAUAGAAUUAAAAUUACUCAUACAUUUCUUUACUCUACACUACUCUUUCAUUCUUAUUUUUUAUGUAUUGUAUAUGCCUAUAAACACAGAAUAUUAUUUCACACAGUUGUAUACAUUCAAUCGUUCAUAUAUAUAAGUGAAAUCGUCUCAUAUAAUAUACAUACAUAUAUAGAAGCAAUGUACGCAAAAAAUAAAAAUAUUCAAAAAUACACAUGUACACAUAAUUUAUAUUGUCUAAUAUGAAUAAGAUCAACACUCAUGCGUACACAUAUAAUUAUCUCAUAAAGCAAAAUUUUUAUUUUGCUGAGAUUGCUCCCUAUCAACACUCGCUCGUACACAUAUAAUUAUAUCACAAAGCAAUGUUUUUAUUAUGCUUAGUGGCUACACUCGUUCGUACACAUUAUAUUUAAAUUGUUUCAUACAUGCAAAAUUUUAUUUUUGCUUAGUUGGCGCCCACUCACCAAACAAACAAACACAUUAUUAUAAUGUAUUACGUUUUCUGUAUACUAUUGCAUUAGUAAACAACAAGAACAAAAAAAAAAAAAAACAAAAAUUAAGAAUGAGAAUAGAAAGAAAUUAGAAAAAGAGAAUGAGAGCAAUAUUCUUAAAUGAUGGAAAGCAUAGCUUGAUAUUGAGAUUGUGUAUACCAAUAUUUUGUUUUUGUUUAAUAACAAAAAAUUUUGAAUGAAUUUUAAAAUUACAUGAUCGUUAUGAAUUUCUACUACUAUGUUCUGCUUUCGUUUUUGAAAAAACUGUUAUCAAUCACAGAAUUAAAUAUUAAUUGGUAAUAUCUACUACUUAUAUUGAAUUGAAAAAAUGUUGUUUAAUAAUCAAGCGAAUGUUAAGAAUUUUUAUGCUGAAUUGAUGUAGUGUAAGUCAUCCAAAAAAUAAGAGUAAAAUGAAAUGGCGCAUAAUUUGCUUCACACAUUUAUCUCCAUUUAGACAUUCUGAAAUUUCAAAAAAACAAGCCUAUAAAUACCAGUAAAUGCAUUUAUUUUAAUAAAGUUUAAAAAAUUUAAUGUACAGUAUAAAAGCUUGUACCAAUGUUCAUAAAAAGCUUAGUUUUCAAGUCAUAAAUUUUAGAACGAAACUUUGAUUUUCCUUAAAUUUUUGAAUGCAAGUUGAAACUUUUUUUAUACGCUGCUUCAUUUCUCAGGCGAUUUGUGAAACAAAAAGCUAAAUUUUAAUAG